UUCCUGCAUUUAUCUUUUUUUCUGAAUGGAUGAGUGGCUGGAACAAGACAACUGUGCUGUUUCGACCAACAGUGGAAAACCAGUUGUAGCUGAUCCACAAGAAUAUCGAAAUAGACUGUUGGUUCGUUUGGCCAACAGUUCUUGUCGGCUUUGUCGUUUACCGGGACACUGGUCAAUAGACUGUCCAAAAAAGCCUUGUUUUAUUUGUAGAAAGGAAGGUCAUACAGCAACUCUCUGUCCUUAUAGAACUAUUCCAGGAGAACCUUUACUUUCUUCCAAAAGACUCUUUUCAUCUCCAGACAGCCACAUAUUGGGACAUAUUCGAUGGAGAGAGUCCACACCCACUACAUACGGGAGAAACAAAUAUCCCAACUUGAAAACAAAACAAGUUUCACUUCAAGUAGGAAGAGCCAUUUUGAGACUUCACUUGCGUAGAGUGACUGCACUGGAGUUCCAUCCCCAACAACCUGAGUGGGUAUUGUCAGGAGAUAAGCGAGGAAUUUUAGCUAUUUGGAAUUUUGAAAAUAAUCAAUAUCACGUGAAUUCUAUGGCACAUAUGUAUUUGAUUCAUGGCAUCGUAUUUGACCCCAACAAUGGAAAUAGAAUAUUUACAGCUUCAGCAGAUGGCACACUAUUAGGGCACGACUUGAAAACUUUUCAAUUCGACACUUUAUUGGAUAGCAAUCCUAAUGGAUGGGAGGGACCUAGUACUUGGUCUAUGUUAUGUUCAAUAGCCUACAAUUCCUAUCAUCAUACGACUAUAGCUGGAGAUAACUUUGGCAAUGUAUAUAUAAUAGACGACCGAAUACCUCAGAGUGCUUCGUCCAUUCGAAUAUUGGCACAUAAAAAGAAAACAAAAGUUACCGGUAUCGAUAUUCAUCCCAGAGAACCCAAUUUGAUCUCAACUUGUGGUAACGAUCGAUUUCUGUAUCUAUGGGAUGCAAGAAUGUUUACUAGUAAUCUUCAGUUGGCAAAAUUUGAACAUCCUCGAGUAGUAAAUGCUGCCUUCUUUUCCCCGGUUUAUGGUACUAAAAUAUUAUCCACUUGUCAAGACAAUCGAUUGAGAAUAUGGGAUAACAUUCAACAAGACUUGAAAGUAUCGCGGGAGAUUAUUCAUUCUCACGAUUUCAAUCGAUAUUUGAGCCCAUUCAAAGCGGUAUGGGAUCCCAAAGAUUGGAAAGAAGAUCUCAUUUUAUGUGGCAGAUAUAUAGGAGAGGAAUAUUACGAUCCUAAAACGGAAUCUAUGAUCCGUUUACAUCCAAUUGAUUUAUAUUCAGCGUGUUCUGGACAUAUAGUAGCAGAGUUGGUUGAUUUGAAUAUUCCUACCAUAAGUCCUUUGAACAAGUUUCAUCCUACUUUGGAUAAAAUUAUUUCAGGAACGAGUUACAACUUGUUCUUAUGGGAAGAUAAGGAACGAGCAUGGAAAGAACAAGUAAAUGAUGGAAAGAGUGCUGUUAAAGGUAGAAAAAAGUCAAGUCUAUCAAGUGAGAGCCCAUUUGAAGACGAAGGAGACAGUUCAAGUAAUAGUGAUGGAUAUCAUCCUAAAAGACGUCAUGUUGCUGGAUUAAGAAGACUUGAAGAUGAAAGCGAUAAUACUGAAGAUGAAAUGGAAGACAACCAAAAACGAGCGAAAUCACUGGCGAAGACUAGUUCUCAUUUUAUAGCUUUUCAUGUUCCCGACCAUGCUCAAUAUAAGCAACAAAGAGAACAAAGGAAAGGUCCAAAAGAACUGGACGAUUAGUGAUUCUGAAAAGCAAUAAUAUAAGAAUAAUGAUAUGGCAACACUGUAUAUAUGUAUUUUUGAUGGAUAAAGUAUAAAAAGACUCGUCGGACA